AUGAGGCUGCAUCGACUGUGGCCUGGGAAUCUGACCACAGCUCUGUGGGGCUUGCAGAACCCCGGCUACUAUGACAUCCAGGCGCGGGACCUGGCCAUCUGGUACUUCACCUUCUCGGGCUUCUUCACGAGAUUGGGACACGAUGUGUUUGGCCUCUACAAGAGACACCCUGUCCAGUAUGGCAUUGGCAGGUGCUGGAUUGACAACGGCCCUGCCAUUCCCAUGGACUAUGACUAUGGGAGUCCCCAGAGAACCGCCUCUUACUACUACCCUGAUGGUCGAAGUGAGUGUUUGCUGUUUAUGCUGAGGAUCAAGCCUCCUUGUCCAGUGAGGCCCCUGUCCCUGCACUGCCUCCUGCUGUUCCUUUCUGUCACCCUGGUCGGGGGCGCCAGAGCAGGCCCGACUACAAACACGACCUUGGCCAGCAAAGGCUGCGUCUCCUCACUCCACUCUCUGCCGCGGAGCUGCAUGGAGAUUCGGAAGAAGCAUCCCGGAGCCAAAGAUGGCCUGUACUUACUCCGCACUGAGCAAGGGCUCGCCUACCAGACCUUCUGUGACAUGAAAACCAAUGGCGGCGGCUGGACGCUGGUGGCCAGCGUGCAUGAGAACAACCUGAAUGGGAAGUGCACGGUGGGGGACCGCUGGACCAGCCAGCAGGGCAACCGGGAAGACACCCCCAGGGGGGAAGACAACUGGGCCAACUACAACACCUUUGGGUCUGCAGAGGCAGCCACCAGCGACGACUACAAGAACCCCGGCUACUACGACAUCCAGGCGCGGGACCUGGCCAUCUGGCAUGUCCCCAACAAGACCCCUCUGAGUUCCUGGAGGAGCAGCUCUCUGCUAAGGUACUUCACCUACUCAGGCUUCUUCAGUAGAUUCGGACACAAUCUGUUUGGCCUCUACCAGAGAUACCCCGUCCAGUACGGCAUUGGCAGGUGCUGGAAUGACAACGGCCCCGCCAUUCCCGUGGACUAUGACUAUGGGAGUCCCCAGAAAACCGCCUCCUACUACUCCCCUGAUGGUCGAAGGGAAUUUGAUGCUGGAUUUAUCCAAUUUCGGGUGUUUAAUAACGAGAGAGCAGUCAACGCCCUGUGUGCAGGGAUGAGAGUUACCGGAUGCAACACAGAACAUCACUGCAUCGGAGGAGGGGGCUUCUUCCCUGAGGCCAACCCCAAGCAGUGUGGGGACUUCUCAUCCUUCGACUGGAGUGGGUACGCGACUCAUAGUGGAUCCAGCAACAGCCGGGCCAUCACUGAGGCGGCCGUGCUGCUCUUCUACCGCUGA